AUGGAUUCUCUGGACCUAGUGAGCCCUUACUUGUUCAAGUACAAAAGGAGGAACUUUCUGGUCAAGGACGAAUUGCGACCAACAGGCCUUGAUGCUCUGCAGCAUUUUGAGAUCCGUCCCACUGACAUCUUCCUCGUCACGUACCCCAAGUCAGGUACAAUAUGGAUGCAGCAGAUUCUGGUUCAGAUCAUGGAUGCUGCACACCCUGAAUCGGCAGAAGAUGCCACCAACAGGUCAAGAGUUCCUUGGCUGGAGGGGAGAACUGCGGACAACCCUUUCAGAGAAAGGACUGAUCCUCGAGUCUUUCGCUCGCAUCUCCCCCCAGACAUGUUACCUCAGGGGGUGAAAGCCAAACAAAUCAAGGUUGUGUAUGUUUGGAGGAACCCCAAGGAUGUCCUGGUGUCGCUCUAUCACUUUGCCCACAGUUGGGUGUUGCUGGAAACACCUCAGAGCUUUGAGGAUUUCUUUCAGCAGUUCCUGGAUGGUGACGUUUUCAUGGGAUCAUGGUUUGAUCACAUCUGUGAUUAUCACAACGCACGAGACCAACUGAACAUCUGUUUUGUGCAAUAUGAGAAUAUGUUGAAGGACCUCAGAGGAGAAGUUGUGAAGCUUUGUGCCUUCCUGGGAAAAGAUCUGACAGAUGAAGCCAUUGAUCAUGUUGUGGAGAUGUCCACCUUUAAAAACAUGAAGACCAACCCCAAAGCAAACUACAAGGACUUGGUUGAAACCAACCGCUACAAGAAGAAAACCAUGCGCAAAGGUAUAGCAGGUGACUGGAAAAAUGUCUUCACUGUGGCCCAGAAUGAACAUUUUGACGUGUUCGAGGAGAAGAUGAGCAACUUGCCGCUGACCUGCAUCUGGGAGAUUAAAGAAUAGCUCCUCUUAAAAUCAGCCCCGGCCCUCAAGUGGAGAAAGUCUCCCUCAACAUGUCCGCACGCUCACAAAAACAGUGUUUCACUCCCAAAGUGAUUCUCUCUACACACUUGAACCUUUCUAUGCAGUGACUGGU